GCUCCAAAUUUAGAAACAAAGAACCCUAGAAAAAUCCCCAAUCUCACUCUCUUCUCUCUAAUUUCACCUUCGAACCCGUCCAAGUCCGAAUAGUUUUCUAUAAAAUGGAGACUUCUCGAUCGAAAUCGAGUAAUUCGCAUCGAGGGGUUCGGAUCGUUGGAAAGAUACGUCCUUUUCUCGAUUCAGAGGUCAGUAAAGCUCCUGAUGGAGAGUCGAGCGUCUCCCAAAUCUCGAUGUCAAGAACUGAAGGAGAAUUCGCCUCUGUUUCUUUCGCUGAUCAAGCGAAUGGACGGAAGGAUAGCUACAAACUAGAUUGGUGCUACGGGCAAGAAGAGACCACCGGUGAUAUUUUCUUCCGAGAGAUUAAACCUCUCCUUGAGGGAAUUCUCAAAGGAAGUAAUGGUUGUGUGAUUGCUUAUGGUGCUCAAGGAAGUGGGAAGACACAAUUAAUUCAGGGUUCCGAAGAAAACCCAGGUUUGGCACUAAUGGCAAUCUCGGAGAUCCUACCAGCUGUUGAGGAACUCGGGGGCUCAAUGGGUAUUUCAUGCUAUGAAUUAUGUCAAGACCACAUUUAUGAUCUCUUGGAGCCUAAAGAACAAGAGGUUCUUGUAAUGGAAGAUGCAAGUCGAAGAAUCAAGCUCAAGGGCCUUUCUCAGGUGCCCAUCAAAUCAAUUUCAGAGUUCAAAAAAUCUUAUUUUUAUGGGUGUAAUGAGCGAAAACCUUUACAAAAGGUGACAAAUGAUGUUGCAAUCAGGUGCCACAGAGGCUUGAUCAUGCAUCUUUCUUAUGUUGAUAAAGAAUCCAACAAGCUUUGCAUGGGGAAGAUGAAUUUUGUUGAUUUGGCAGGUUAUGAGGACACUAAAAGGAAGAAUUUUGCUAAACCUACUCUUGCUGAGAUUGUGAAAGUUAACAAGUCACUAUAUGCCUUAUUAAAUGUUGUAUGUGCGCUGAACAGUAGCGAGACAUAUAUCCCUUACCGGGAGACUAAUUUGACCCGUUUACUCCAAGACUUUUUAUGCAAAACAAGUGCUGCUAUUUUGUUCACUUGUCUGAAACCAAUGCCAUGUCAAGAUACGAUGCAUGCAGUUUGUUUGGCUUCUAGAUCAUGUCAAGUGGUUAAUAGAUAUCGGUGUGAUACUACCAAAAGCAAUAAGAAAGAUCCAAGAAUUGUCCCAUUAUGUUCCCCCAUCAACGGGAGAACUGGAACACUGAAUGCUUCAGUUAAGAAGCCUGAAAGAUCCCAAUUAGGUUCAGUUGAGAGAAAAGGUUGUGGAACCUCAUCGGUGAUGAAGAAGAGGCCUCAAACAUUGAGCAAUGCGCAAAAGAAACAUGAAACCUUCUGGAGUGAGAAGAAAGUAAGCAGAGUAUUAUCUACAACAAAGGAGAGAAAGACUUCCGGGACAAAAACUUCAACCAUCAAUUCUGAAAAGGAAAUUUGUGUCUUGGGCAAUCAAAUGGAAAGCCAGUUUUCUAAGCUUGAAGUGAAUGAUCCCGUAGAAGAUGAUCACACUGUCUUGAAGUCUAAUGACGAUAGAUGUUCUAUCCCUAACGGGGACGUUGUUCCAACAAAUGAGAACUGUAAUCCUAGAGAAGGUGCUGUUCUUGAUCUUGCCACUGAUUUUAAGCUUUGUAAUGAUACAUAUGAUCAUAAAGAUCUCAUGAAAACUAAUGAUGAUGGGCCUCCUAUCCCUAAUGAGGUUGUCUCUACAGCAAACAAGAACAAGGAUCAUAAAGAGGACACAGUUUCUGGUAUCACAACAGAGUUGAAUCUUUAUAAUGAUGAGAACAAAGAUGACAAAGAACAGACCCCUUUUUCUGAUGUUGGUGGACCUUCACCAACAAUAACUGAGAAAUUAAGGGAGAUAUCAAAUAAAUUAAGACUUGCAAGCGUAGAACCUACAGGUGCAAAUACACCAACAAUAACCGAGAAAUUAAGAGAGAUAUCAAACUCACUAAAGCUUGCAAGUGAAAAACCUAUAGAUGCAAGUACGCCAAUUGAUCGUCCAUGCAAAGGACACAUGAAUAUGGAGUCCAUGGAACCAAAAACUCCCAGAGCUCCUGUUUAUUUGAGACUUGAAGGAGGUUGUAGAUAUGAGGAGCUGAAUACCCCUCAGGAUAUUCUGCAAGCACGCAGUACUGGACUGAAGAAAUCUCUGGUUCAAGAGUGUUUAUCUUUCCUAAACAGUGCUAGCAAAGAAGAGCUUAAAGAGCUGAAGGGUAUUGGUGAGAAGAGGGCUUCUUACAUUAUUGAGCUCCGUGAAGAAACUCCAGAGCCUUUCAAGGAAAUGGAUGAUUUGAAAGACCUAGGCCUUUCCUCAAAACAGUACCAUCUGCUUCCCCCCGUGGUUCAGAUUAGAGGAAUGAUGUCGAAGAUACUCGGGGACUUCUAAAAGUGUUGAUUCUCUUUCAAUCACAGAAAAGAUAAUUGGAGAGUUUUCGUGUUGUUUCUCAAGCUCGAGAGUAUGUGGAAGGCGUGGUGUGUCUACUGUUUGUUGAUUCGGUGUAAAUUCAUUCUCUAUUUUGUGACCAUCAGAAGUAUAUAACCAAUCAUUAUGUACAUGGCUUGCUGAAUAGUCAUAGCAGUUACAAUCCCC